AUGGACAACCUGACGCCGCAAGACCUCUUCUCGCCUUCCAAAGCUCGACAGCAGCGUGCACAGGCGGCCGAUUGGGCACACAUCGACUCAUGGCUGUCGUACAAAUACGCAGGCCGCACCGUCCCCACCUUUGAGCGCAACGAGGAGACAAUGAAGGUGCUCAGGGAGCUGUCAUUGGCAAAUGAACGCGCAGAUGAGGAGCGGAUGAUCAUGGAGAAGGUGGAGCGGGAGGCGUUGAAGGAGUUGAAGGCGGAUGAGGCCUCUCGCAACCAAGAAGACGUAAAGAUAGUUGAGGCCACGAAAGCACACCUUACGCCUGAAGGCUCAGAGUCCUUGCGUGCUCUCGCAUCGACCGCGGUCGCCCUCGAUACGACAAGCGCGAACUCAGAGACGCUUGCAUAUGCGCUCAUUGCGCACACAUCCACAUCGCAGACCCUCUCGACCAGCAUUACACAUAUACAAACUUUACAGAGAUACCUCGAAAAACAGCACACCCUCCUCCGCGUCCAGCUCAAGGAACUGCAAUCUAAUCCUGCCUUCUCCGCCCCUCCGUCGCUGCAGCGCCAAACCACUGAGCAAGCACGCCAGACGAAACACGUGCGAGCCAAGAUACGAGAAUACGAGGAUAGGCUGUUGUCACUGGAGCAUCAUCAAGCAAAGGGUGCGGCUACGCCAGCUUCGAAAGGCGUCAGCUCGGCAGAAGCGAUUGCGGAUAUGCUGGAGCAGCAGACAUCUUUGAAUGCGUUGAGGCAAAGGGUUGAAGGAUUGGAGAGGGAAGUAGACGAAUUUGCUGGCUUGCCGGCAGAUCGGGAGGUUGCGAGGAAAGAGGUGGGCAAGCUGGAGAUCAACCUGGACAACGUGAGGAGAAGACGAGAUGCGCUAUUCGAAGGACUGGUCAGUUGA